AUGGCAGCCUUACCAACUACCCCUGCGAUGCCAACCGGCCUUGGCGGCAGCGACGAGACAUGGCAGGCCAUCGAGGCAUGGGCCAACGCCGAGGAAAGCCAAAACCCUCAUGCCUUGCAGAGGUUGGCCAGUGUUUGCACUUGGUUGGAUUCAAUUUCGGAUCCGAUGCAAGUGGCUGAGGCACGGCUCGCGCAACUCAGGAAGCUAUGGCAACGCUCAGCCUUUGAGCCUGUCCACAAAAGGGAUGUGCCGCCCGGAAGCAAGAUUUUCCAUUUCAAGUGGGUCGACAAAUGCAAGGAGGGCGUUUAUAAGAGCCGCUUCACUUGUGCAGAUGUGAAGCGGAACUACUCCGAGGCCGAGGAAGAGCAGUUGCGUGUGUUUGUUCCAACACCAACGCCGGAGUCACAUAGCCUCCUGGAAGUGUCGGCGCUGUUCCACAGUCAUGCUACGAGGACCUUCGACAUCGUGGCUGCAUUUCUCAUUGGUCGAGACCGAGGCGCCCAAGAAGGCAAUCCUUGCUACAUGCGAGCCCCAGAAGAAUGGAGGCCAAUAUUCGAGGAACGGGUGCGGGAUACCUUUCCGCCUCACGAAGUAGCUCGAAGAUUAAAAAGCUUCCCGGCCUAUAUGUUCCGCCUUGACGGCAACCUGUAUGGUCGUCGCACGGCGGGUUCAGUAUGCAGGGACGAGCUCGAAGAGAUCUUGGUUGAGAAGAUGAAGCCGACCUUUUGUUUUGUUCGGGGCAAGCACGAUCCAUGCGCAUACCACUGCAGCAGCAGCAAAGUGACCUUGGUCCACCACGUCGAUGAUGUUCGGUGCUCAGGGCCCGGCUAG